AUACAAGAAAUAUUGUAUUUCCGAGCUCUUUCGUUAACUACUCAGCUUUUGCUUCUAUAUAAACACACAAAUAUCAGUCGUUCUACUUCAUCAAUAACCAAAGCCCUUCUUCUCUCUGCCUCAAGUACUCAAAUCCCAGCUUCUUAGUCAUGGUUUUAUCGAAAAUAGGCUCCGAAUCAGACGUAUCCGUGCAUUCCACUUUUGCUUCUCGCUAUGUUCGUCAUUCACUUCCCAGGUCAAAGAUGGGGGAGAAUUCGAUGCCGAAAGAUGCGGCAUACCAGAUAAUCAACGACGAGCUGAUGCUGGAUGGGAACCCGAGGCUGAACUUGGCAUCGUUCGUGACAACAUGGAUGGAGCCAGAAUGUAAUAAGCUGAUGAUGGACUCCAUCAACAAAAACUACGUUGACAUGGAUGAAUACCCUGUCACUACUGACCUUCAGAAUCGUUGCGUAAACAUAAUAGCAAAUUUGUUCAAUGCUCCAUUGGAGGAUGGUGAAGCUGGUGUGGGGGUUGGGACAGUAGGUUCCUCAGAGGCAAUAAUGCUAGCAGGCCUUGCUUUCAAGCGAAAAUGGCAAAACAGGCGCAGAGCUGAGGGGAAGCCUUUCGACAAGCCUAACAUUGUCACUGGAGCUAAUGUGCAGGUAUGUUGGGAGAAGUUUGCGAAUUAUUUUGAGGUAGAGCUAAAGGAAGUGAAGCUGAGGGAAGGUUACUAUGUGAUGGACCCUGUCAAAGCUGUGGAAUUAGUCGAUGAAAACACAAUAUGUGUUGCUGCUAUCUUAGGCUCGACCCUUAAUGGUGAAUUUGAAGAUGUCAAGCUCUUGAAUGAUUUACUUCUAGAAAAGAACAAGCUUACAGGAUGGGAUACAUCGAUUCAUGUGGAUGCAGCGAGUGGUGGAUUCAUUGCACCUUUCCUCUAUCCGGAGCUUGAGUGGGAUUUCCGCCUUCCCCUAGUGAAGAGCAUCAAUGUCAGUGGCCACAAAUACGGACUUGUGUAUGCUGGUAUUGGUUGGAUUAUUUGGAGAAACAAAGAGGAUUUGCCUGAAGAACUUAUUUUUCAUAUUAACUACCUGGGAGCUGAUCAGCCUACCUUCACCCUCAAUUUCUCUAAAGGUUCAAGUCAAAUCAUUGCUCAGUACUAUCAGCUAAUUCGCUUAGGUUAUGAGGGUUACAAAAAUAUAAUGGAGAACUGCCACGAGAACGCCAUGGUGUUGAAAGAAGGAUUGGAAAGUACAGGGCGGUUCAACAUUGUGUCCAAAGACAAUGGAGUUCCUCUAGUAGCCUUCUCCUUAAAGGACAACUUACGUUACAAUGAAUUUGAGAUUUCGGAUAUGCUUAAGCGAUUUGGCUGGAUUGUGCCAGCAUAUACGAUGCCUCCAGAUGCACAACAUGUUACAGUCCUCAGAGUUGUCAUAAGGCAAGAUUUUUCACGAACCUUGGCAGAGCGCCUUGUGAUUGACAUUAAUAAAGUGAUCAAGCAACUGGAUGCACUUCCGAGGAACUCACUGCUGAUCAAAGUGGAACUUUCCGGGGAAGAAAAACCAAAGAGGACGCCGCUUGAGAUACAGAAGGACAUAACAGAUACUUGGAAGAAAUUUGUUAUGGCUAAAAAACCAAAACUGGUCUGCUAGAAAACAUAACAUAGCUAUUGUAUAUGAUUCUGCUUUCUUUCUUUUUUUCUUAAAUUGGUUUGAAUGUUUCAUUCUGUUCUAUAUGACUUUGUUUGAGGAUGUCAAUAUUUGAAUUGCCUUGGAAUGAGAAAAUGUAUCUUUGUACUCUGUAACAAAUUUAUUCCAAUUGGCUGCAAGCUUCAAGAUUUAUUCAGCCAACUUUCUUUUAAAA